CCAGCUCCAAGUUUGACGUCAGAAUUGCAGGGUAUUUGCUGGCAAUUACCCUUACUGCCUUGUCUAAUGAGCCACUAGCCAAACACUUGACCGGAAUUGUGAAUGAAAGAAUGAUGAACUACGGAUCAAUCAACGAAUCGACGACACCAAGUCAUCCUAUCAGCGGUCCUGAAAGAAUGAUGCUGGGAACAUGGAGUGUGGUCACGAUCAUGUUGGGUGGAUUUGGGAACAUCUUUUUGCUCACCGGUAUAUACAUUGGGCGGUUCAGGAUAGAAAUAACUUCCCAGUGGUUCUUGAGCAACAUGGCAAUAUCAGACGUCCUGUACGUUUUUUUUGUCGUCGUACCCUCUGCAGUCACAAACUUUUCCAACGAAUGGAUCUUCGGGAGGUUCUUAUGUGGUCUGACUGCCAGUCUGAGCAGCAUGUUCUGUAUAAUCCACCUACUCUCUUUAACCCUACUCUCUGCAAAUAAAGUGUUUAGAUGCGUUUUUCCUUUGAGAUCUAUGAGCGCAGAACUAAAUGUUUGUACUGGAACUCUGGUAACUGUUUUGAUGUGGUUUCUCUCCCUUGGACCCGCAGUAGUGAACUACUCUUUGGACCGACCCUUUACAUUCGAUAGAAACCUCGACAGGUGCACGAUCCAUGAUGACAACGCUGAAAUUUUCUGGGUGAAAUUCAACAAGCUCUGCUUUAUCUUCUACGUAGGAAUACCUCUGCUACUCAACGUAGCUGCUAACGCUGGCCUUUUCGUCAUCAUCAUCAAGAAAGCCAACAACAUUAACAAAGGAAAAAUGUUCAUGAUUGUGUCACUUUCGGUGUGUUCCGUUAUCUCAUGGGUGCCAGCAGUUAUCUACGGCACAGUGUUCAACAGUUCAGGAUAUCAUGUCUUCCUAAGAUUCACAAACUAUGUUAUUUCAGUGGAUACAACCUUCUCAACCUUACUUUUGAUCUACUUCUUCCCCUCGUUUGGGUCCUUCAUCUUAGGUAUACUAUCUUGUGGUAAGAAAGGCGAACUAUCACGUUUAAACAGCGAACGAAAGCGGUCUCGUGCAGUCAGUACAACAGUAUACGUCCCUCUUAAAACUAGAUUAUCCCAAAGUCAGUUCGCUACGAGUGAACUUCAUCAAGCCAACAAGACAAUGCCCCCCAGAACAUCAUCACGCCAUAUCCUCCAGACGAUGGCGUCGGUAGAGGAAGUGAAACAAUGAUUGGUCUAAUAUUUUGAACUUUAGACUAUAAAUUGUAUGUGCCAAGCCCUGAGUUACGCAAUUCAUUGCAACAGCAUUCUUUUAUACUCAAAUCGUAAAUUGAAAGACACAAGGCAACCUAUUGGCAUGACUGCAUGUUUUAUGGCACACUUCACAGAUGCCUCAGUGUCCAAUGAUGAUCUCAACGAAAUUAUUUGUUCCUCAACUUCAGCUGUUAAUUAGUUGAUUUUAUUUAAACUGUUUUACACUUGCUUUGGGCACUUUAUCGUAUAACUAUAAAUCUACCACUCUCUAAAAUUAACCCCAUUGGAACAUCAAUAAUUGUCGACAGGCGGUUUUUCUUGAAGUGAUUUACUGAAUUCUGUCAGCUUUAUUAAAACCGCAAGUGGUGUUCGAGUGCAACAACAUCAACGACUGAGUAAUGCAAAUGAUCCGCCGGAGAGCCUAUGUAAUGAACAAACACGAAUAUGUGAACUGAGGUUUUUAUAAUUGAUACCAAUUCUGUACUACUUGAAAU